GGGCGGCCAUGGGGUGGUGUGGGGCAGCCAUCCAGGCCUUAAGCCGUGGGGCGGCGGCCGUUUUGGGGUCGCCGGCUUUUCCCCGGGCCCACGCUUUGGCGUUGGCCGUACUUGUGGGGCUGGGCCCCCUCCUGAAGGCGAGGGCCGACCCCCACAGCCUGUUGGCUUCGCCCCAUAACCUGCUGGAGGCGCGCCUGGUGGCCUCGGCCGGCGGUUGGACGACCUUGUUGUUGGGUGCCCUCUUAGUGGCCGCUUUGCCCCUCGCCCGUCCGGGCGUGGCCGCCCUUCUCCGCGCCGUUGGGCGCUGGGCGGUGGGCGUGGCCCUGGCUCGCUCCGCCCCUCGUUUCUUCGCCGCCUUAGAAGCCGCCACCGGCCGUUGUUUGAGCCCCGUGGCCGGCGGGAUCCUCCUUCUGCCCCACGGCGACCCACGGAGCUGUCGGGCCGAGGGACAUCGGUGGGAGGGGUUCGGGGCCUCCCCCCAAGCUUUCGCCUUGGUUCAUUGCGGCUUGGGAUUGGCCGAAGAAGCCGGGGCUUUGGGGCGGAUCCUCUACCCGCCCUGGCGAAGGAGAUGGGGGCGGGAAGGACCUCGCCGGGCGGGGUGGGGCCGGGAGGAACCUCAGCGAAUGGGGUGGAGCGGUGAAGAACGUCAAUGGAUGGGGUGGGGCCGCGAAGGAGCUCAACGAAUGGGGUGGGGCCCUGAGGGAGCUCAACGAAUGGGGUGGGGCCAUGAAGAACCUCAAGAGGUGGGAUGGAAGGGUGAAGGACCUCAAUGGACGGGGUGGGGCCGUGAAGGAGCUCAGCGAAUGGGGUGGGGCCGUGAAGGAACUCAGCGAAUGGGGUGGGGCCAUGAAGGAGCUCAGCGAAUGGGGUGGGGCCGUGAAGGUGCUCAGCGAAUGGGGUGGGGCCGUGAAGAAGGUCAAGAGGCGGGAUGGAAGGGUGAAGAACCUCAACGGGUGAGAUGGAGCCACGAAGAACCCGAACGGAUGGGGCGGAGCCACGAAGGACCUCAGCGAAUGGGGUGGGGCCACGAAGAACCUCAACGAAUGGGGUGGGGCCACGAAGAACCUCAACGAAUGGGGUGGGGCCACGAAGAACCUCAACGUCCGGGUUGGGAGACCCAUGAAGGACCUUGGCGUCCGGGCUGGGAAGUCCCCGCCCCCUCCUCCCCUGGGAGGAGCCAGUCAUUCUGGCAUUGGUUGCUACGAGCUCUCCGAUUGGGUGGUUUGACCUUGGGGGCGACCCCAGCGUCUGGGUGGAGCCAGGCAUCCGGCUGGCCGCCAUCUUCCAUGGGGCCACCGUUCUCCAUGGGGCCGCCGUCAUCUAUGGGGCCACCGUCAUCUAUGGGGCAGCCUUCGUCUAUGGGGCAGCCUUCAUCUAUGGGGCAGCCUUUGUCUAUGGGGCGACCUUCGUCUAUGGGGCGGCCUUCAUCUAUGGGGCAGCCUUCAUCUAUGGGGCAGCCUUCGUCUAUGGGGCGACCUUCGUCUAUGGGGCGGCCUUCAUCUAUGGGGCAGCCUUCAUCUAUGGGGCAGCCUUCGUCUAUGGGGGAGCCUUCGUCUAUGGGGCGACCUUCGUCUAUGGGGCCACCAUCGCCCAUGAGGUCACCAUCGCCCAUGAGGUCACCAUCGCCCAUGAGGUCAUCACCGCCCCCGGAGCCGCCGUCACCUGGUUGGACCCAACCGGCCCCAUGGGCUUCUGGGUGGCCGGAGGAUGAAGAUGCCGCGGAGGAAGGACCCAGGCGGCCGGGCACCGCCCUCUGCCUCCUCUUCCUCCUCAACGUCGCCCUGGUGCUGGUGUGGCAAGCCUUAUUGGCCGUCACCUUGGCCUACCGUCACGAUUGGCCGCGCAACGCCGCCGGCGCCGCCUUGGGUUGGGCCGCUUGGGUCGUCACCUAUCGCUUCUGGUACCGUUACCCGUGUUCUCCUGGGCCACCGGGGUUGGGGCUUCCAUCGGCAUGAAGGACCCAAGGGGCCGGGGGGCGAUCCAGAUGUCCGGGAAGGUUCUAGAUGUCCUGGAGAACCUCAACUGUCUUGGAGAACCUCAACCGUCUUGGAGAACCCAACCAUCUUGGA